AUGGGGACUUGCUCAAAUAGACCAGAGCACAAAUAGAUUUCAGAAAAUUUAAGGCUAAAAGCAAUAAUGAUAUUUCAAAAGAUUGAUAUUUAGAAUAAGGGUUAUAUUGAUAAAGAAAGAACAUUAUAAUUUUGGAAAUCGAAUUUUGCAAAAAUAAACACAGAUGCUUUAUUUUCCUAAGUGGAUUAUAAAAAGACUGGGAACAUAACAGUUUAGGAAUGGUUGGCCUUCUGGGAUAUAGUAAAAUAGUAGGGUUACACAGAAUAAGAGAUAUCAGAUGAACUAGAAGAGUUGCAACAAGGAAAGGCUUGGGUCUAAUUUUAUAAGGUGGAUGCCUUUAUCAGGGCUGAUACCCAAAGACACAAAACAUAAAUAGAUCAAAUCGUUUAGAUGGAGAAAAAAACAUUACUCAAAUCAAAGUCUUUUAAUUAUAAUUGA